GUAGCGCUGAGCGUAGUGGGCGUCAGGAUCCUCAAUUUCCAACUUAGCAUCUUGGCAGGACAUUUUCCCAAGCAAAGCCCCCCGUCCGACGGCUAAAAAAACUUCCACACGGGCAUGAGAGAGACGACGCCACUCAGACAAGGGAGCAACCAGCAGAGGCUUGCUGUCAUCUAAGCCUCGUGUUUUUGUUCACUUCUGCGACUUAUUAAAGCACGCGCGGACAGACGGCGGGUCUGCAGCAGGCGCACGGCUCUAUGCGCUCCAACGCUUAAAAAGGGGGAGAAAGUGCGCAAGUUCAAUACUCCGGGCUCCAUUAUGGCGUAUCCUCAGGGCUAUUUGUACCAGCCGUCCGCUUCUUUGGCCCUGUAUUCCUGCCCCGCGUACAGCACAAGCGUGAUAUCCGGACCCAGAACCGAGGAACUUGGGAGAUCCUCGUCGGGAUCAGCGUUUGCGCCCUACGCCGGAUCUACAGCGUUCAGCAGUGGCUCGCCGGGCUACAACUCCCAUCUGCCCUACAGCGCGGACGCGGCGGCUGCUGCCACUUUCACCUCGUACGUGGUGAGUAAACUAAAGGGUUCUCCCUACGACCACACAACGGGGAUGCCGGGGUCAAUAGGAUACCACCCUUACGGAGCCCCCCUGGGUACCUACCCUUAUGGGGAUCCGGCUUACCGUAAAAACGCGACCCGGGAUGCCACCGCCACCCUGAAGGCCUGGCUGAACGAGCACCGCAAGAACCCCUACCCAACUAAAGGGGAGAAGAUCAUGCUGGCCAUCAUCACCAAAAUGACCCUGACCCAGGUGUCCACCUGGUUCGCCAACGCCAGGAGGAGGCUAAAGAAGGAGAACAAGAUGACGUGGACGCCGCGGAACCGCAGCGAGGAUGAGGAGGAGGAUGAGAAUAUUGAUUUGGAGAAAAACGACGACGACGACCCCGGCAAGCCGACAGACAAGGGAGACUCCACAGACACAGAAGCAGACCACAAGCUGCUGAACCCUGGGGAUUUGGGCUGUGACAGAUUCAAAGACGACGGCAAGGAUUCGGAUCCGCUUCUAAGCGACUCGGAAUCCAAGGAGCAAGAGGAGCGGACUGUUGACGUGUUGCUGCCGGAUUCCGCUAAACCCACAACCUCGUCUCCCUCCGCGGUGCCACGGGGGAACCCGGCCGUUGCGCAACAGGACAAGCCGUCUGACUUGAGCCACGCACCCGGCACCGUCACCAGCAACGUGACGUCCGUGAUCCACUCGCCCCCGUCUGCGCCCAAACCCAAACUGUGGUCGCUGGCGGAGAUCGCCACGUCGUCAGAUCGGUGUAAAAGCAGCACUGAAGUGGGUCAGAACGCGCAGAUGGGCUCCAACUCCUCUCCCCCCCGGUCCUCCCCGCACCAGUGCGCCCUCCCCAACAGCAGCACCGUCCUCUCCAGGCCUCUCUACUACACAUCCCCUUUCUAUCCUGGCUACACGAACUAUGGUGGCACUUUUGGACCCCUGCACAGUACCCACGGCUCGGUCACGAGCGCGUCUCCACAUUUCAAUGGAUUAAACCAGACUGUGUUGAGUAGAGCCGAAGCUCUGGUGAGAGAAAGAGUCCGAGGCCAGGUAGAUCUUUGUAAAGACUCACCUUAUGAACUCAAGAAAGGUAUGUCAAACAUUUAACACCUUGCGGACUUCUAUUUAUUUUAUUUUUUUUCUCGAGGAAAAAAAAAAACAAACUUAUUUUAUCCUCAUUUUUUUUUUAGUUUCUGAAUUUCAGUGUAACAAGAACGGUCUUAAUCGCUGCAGGAGUCUAUUUGUAUUAACAUGUAUAUUUAAUGUAGCAUUUUUGUAUUUAAAAAUGGACAAUACACUAUCUUUGAAGUAAAUUAUGAAAAAAAAAAUAUAUGAAUAUAUUUGUGCAGCGAUUGUGUUUUUUUGGGAGGGGAGUCCAAUCGAUUCAUGACAACAAGGCUGAUGUGCUAUGACUCGGAGCUCUUAUUUAAACAGCAAUUCCUCUCACACGGUGGAUUAAUUCGUGGCUUCAUUUUGUCUGUCAGAAUAAUGAAAACGGAAAACAGCAGUUUCAACUGGCAAUAAACUAUUGCUGCAAGUACAAAGGAGUGCGCUAUGUUAAGGUCACAUGUUCAGAGAAGGAAAGUGAUUUACGCGUCUUUUGGAACGUUUAUCUCUUCACGUAUAUAUUGUGUAUCAAAGAAAGUGUAGUGGCCUUCUGCGCACUCAUCUUAUUGUUCUAUCCUGCAACAAGACUGACCACCGGUUUUUCCGCAACGUACUUCUUAAUAUAAUCAGUCUGUUUCGGUCAGUUAUAUUCCAUAUAAAAAUGGCCUCAACUGCACUGUAGUGCAAACAACACCGAGCCAUUUAACCCAAUUACCUAUCGCCUUUUACGCUGCGCAAUCAGGUGGUGAAAUCCGCUAAUGAGCUCGAUUUUAUGCCAAAUUUAGGCCUCAUUACGAGCUCUCCAAAGGCAAAGCUGUUAAAAUAGACCUCGCGCUUGGAGCGUACUGCACGUUUAUAUAUCAUUAAUGGAGAGAGGGGAUCUCUAAUGGCGCGUUGGAUGGGAAACAGCAGCGUGUGAGAGGCUGCAACUCUUCCAACUUCUGCAGGUAGGUGUCACACUUGCGCCUAAAUUG